GGGGGAGCUAUCCCGGCGGGCCGCGCGCGCGGCCGCGUUUGAAUGGCUCAGAGUGGGGCUCGGCCCGGGAGCCGAGGGACGGUCUAGGCUGCCGGGCGCAGCUCGUCAGCGCCGGGGCAGGGCUGAGGUGCCGCGGUACCAUGAGGCGCCGGUAUUUAAGAGAUUAUGGCAACUGAGGCCCACAAUGUUAAAAAACGAACCUUUUGUAAUAAUAUUGAGGAUCAUUCCACUGAUCUUCCUAGAAAAAGGAUCUCUAAUUUUACUAAUAAGAACAUGAAGGAGGUUAAGAAAUCUCCAAAACAGUUGGCUGCUUACAUAAAUAGAACAGUUGGACAAGCUGUGAAAAGCCCAGAUAAACUACGUAAAGUGAUCUAUCGCAGAAAGAAAGCGCAUCAUCCUUUUCCAAAUCCUUGUUAUAGAAAAAAACAGUCCCCUAGAAGUGGGGGCUGUGACAUGGCAAAUAAAGAAAACGAACUGGCUUGUGCAGGUCACCUGCCUGAAAAAUUACGCCAUGAUAGUCGAACAUAUUUGCUUAACUCCAGUGAUUCUGGUUCUUCACAGACAGAAAGCCCAUCAUCAAAAUAUAGUGGGUUUUUCUCUGAGGUUUCUCAGGACCAUGAAACAAUGGCACAGGUUUUGUUCAGCAGGAAUUUGAGAUUGAAUGUAGCUUUAACGUUCUGGAGAAAGAGAAGUAUAAGUGAACUUGUAGCCUAUUUGGUGAGGAUAGAAGAUCUUGGAGUUGUCGUGGAUUGCCUUCCUGUGCUCACCAAUAGUUUACAGGAGGAAAAACAGUACAUCUCACUUGGCUGCUGUGUAGAUUUGUUGCCUCUAGUCAAGUCCUUACUUAAAAGCAAAUUCGAAGAAUAUAUAAUAGUUGGUUUAAACUGGCUUCAAGCAGUCAUAAAAAGGUGGUGGUCAGAACUAUCAUCCAAAACAGAAAUUAUAAAUGACGGAAAUAUUCAGAUUUUAAAGCAGCAAUUAAGUGGAUUAUGGGAACAGGAAAAUCAUCUUACUUUGGUUCCAGGAUAUACUGGUAACAUAGCCAAGGAUGUAGAUGCUUAUUUAUUGCAGUUGCAUUGAGAGACUAUCUACUAAAAAGAGCAUUUGAUUAUUCAAAACGUCCCCAGACUAAGAUUUCCAAAAAAAAAAAAAAAAAAACAAGUCUCCUUUGAGAACUGUGAACUGUGGAAGAAAUCAAAACUUUUUUUUUCUUAAAAAGCCACACGUGAAACCACUAAUGAAACCCUAACAAUCUGCUUCACAUUGAAGUGGAAAAAUGUACGAAAGGAGCAGCUUCAACUUCAAUGAGGUGAAAGUGCACUAUGAAGAUUGUUCCCCUUUGCUGCAUUUGGGACUUAUAUGGUUAUUUGGUAACAUUGUUUAAGAACUACUGGGUCUUAAUGCAAUACUGCAUAAGAAUAUAAUUUAUACUAUGUCAGAAAGAAGACAGUACUUAUCACUAGGAAUCACAAAGACCAAUCAUCGUUACUUUUUUGAAGAUUGUGUUUUAUAAGAAAACACUUAAGUGUGUGCAGCUAUUUUCUUAUUUUGAAAAGACUUUGCAAGUUUAAAACGUCAUAGAAAAUAAUCAGUACUAGAAAUUUGUUGUCCACACUGAGAUACUGUGUAUACAAGAUGCCUUAAUUAUUAAUAAGCCAAUGUGUCUGAUAUGAAUAUCUGUUUAAAAAAUUAACAUCAAACAUGCUUUGGCAUGAUAAAAUCAUGGAAUUAAAUCAGGGGUUUCCAUUCAUGUAGAACGUUGUUGCUAAAACUUACUCCAUACCAUUUUUAAAACUUGAGAAUAUUUUUAGUAUCUCUGAUUUUUCUUUGCCAGAAUCAUUGUGUCAUGUGUGUAUGUGUUAUUGCUAUAUAAAAGAAAAGGUGAAUAUGUAUUUGUAUGAAUGCUUAACUAGAAAUGUCCGUGGAGUUAGCUAAUUUAUAUUCACUUUUUAUUGUAUAUAGAUUUCUAAUAUUUUCAGUUCUGUAUCAUUUAAGCUUUCUUCAUUUGAGUAAAUUCACUAAAUAUUUCUAUUUUUUGCUUUUUUAAAUUCUUUUAUAUGACUUCUAGUUCUUUUUCACUACUCAUGUUUUAAAGAAUUACAUACAGUGCUUUAGAAAUGUUUACAGUUAGUGCUGACCUUGUGUUUUAAAUUCCAACACUUUACUACCUCCUCCAAUGGUUGGUAUGAAAUGCCAGCAGACUGUAUGAGGUCUUUUUUUUUCUUUUUUUAAGUAUAUAUCUACUAUAUCUACUAUAUAUUUAGUGUCAGUGAACCCACUUCUGGAAUGUCUUAACAGCUAUAUAUCGCAUCUUGAAAGUGAUUGGGGUUUAAAUACCACUAUUGGUGGUUCAUGCAUCAUCUCAUCUUUAUAAGCCUGAGAGGCAUCUGAGCAAAGAUUUUUAGUAAUCGAAUUUCUCUGCAGUAAUCUUUCAAGCACUUGAAUAUAAAUCUUUAGCAUUUAUCCAGUUAGCCACUACUGAUGUGAAUUCAAAACAAAUAACUUUUUUGCUUUAAAAAUGUUAUGUUUUACUGAAUUCUCUAUUUUUUGUGUAGCUGUAUUUCAUAUAGCUAUGCAUUCCUCACAGUGAACAUCCAUUUUUGGUUAUUUUCUUAAGUCUUUAGAAUAAUUUAAGAUUACUGCAUUUCUGUGAUUUGAGAGUUGAGUUUUUUAAGCAUAUUGUUUUUCAGGAGGUGGGAAUUUGAAUCGUAAACCUGCGUCAUCUCUGUAAAACCUUAAGAUGAUGAAAUAUAACCUUUCAUUGUUCCUAUUCCUUUAGUUACCACUGUCUUAUCUAACAGUUUGAACCAGUUAACUCAGUUGGAGUGUGGUGCUAAGGAGGCUAAAGACAGGAGUUCAGUCCUUUCAUAGGUUCACUAACUUGGCACACUUACACAGAUUCGUGGCUACAUAUUGCAACUUCCUUAGGUAUAUGUCUUUCAAAUUCAGCUUUUAGUCACAAGGAAGAUGGUGUGUAUAGCUUAGCAUCAACCUUUCACCUCAAAUGGAAAGACAACUCAAAUAAUUGGUAUAUGUGAUAGUAUACACUUCUAAUAUUUAAAAUAAACAAUAUUAAUCAUGUAAUAUUAAUACUGUAAUUAUGUCACUAUAAUUUUCUGUGGGUAAGAUCAUUUUCUAAACACUAUCUUGUAAAAAUCAAAUUUUAACAAAUUAAAACAUGGUAAGAGUAGGUAAUAUCCUGUUAACAGUGGGUUCUUGUGCCUAAGUUUGGGUUUGUUAAAGGAGAAUAGAGAACACUUCAUUUUAUGUACUCGGAGCUAUAUAAGGCAACAGAGUCUUUAGCUCACAAAUAUUCAGUAGCACACACCCCUAAUUUCUGUUUUUGGCCUUUACAGUUUUUGUUAGUACCUACCCUUCUCAGUUACUGAGUUAUGAUUAGUAUUAUUUUUACUACAGUUUUUAGAUUUUUGGGUAAAAGAUGUUAAAUAAGUAAAUAUUGUUGAACACUUUGGUUGCUGUUAAGUCUUUCUCAUGCUAUUUAAUCAGAACAGUGUUGAUCUCCAGAAAGAGCCAAAGAAAGUGUUUACAAAGUAUUUUGGCUGUUGUAUUGACCUAGAUUAGGACAAUUGGUGUCUGUCAUUGCUCAUUUGUUAUUGUGCUGCUAAGAAUUAUACAGAACCGAGGGACUACCCAAGGUCUCUAUGCCUUUUUACCUCUUCUACCUUCUUAGGUGUUCUGUACUUGAUGUUGCUAACUUUGCAGGUCUAGGGACAGGAAGUGUAUUUAGGUGAUAGAGGGUUAUAAUCAAAUAAUUUGCUUCCACUAGGGAUAAAGUGAAUGGAUUUUGUAAUGAAUGGUCAUGAUCAGAAUAAGGGUUAAAAGUUAGGAAACAAGCUUAAUCAGAUUUUUUUUUAAUUAAUCUUUUGGCAGUAAUUUCAAAAGUAAUUGACACAGAUUAUUUACUUGAAUCCUGAGAUGUGAGGAUUUGAACAUAAAUACUGUAUCCACUUUGGGGAAUCAAUAAUAUUAGCACUAAGCCCUCAGGGCUACUGAGGAAUUAAAUCUUAAUGCCUUUAAACAUUCUUGCUACUUGCUAUGUCCUAAUCUUAAAAAUGGUCAUGUGGAUUCAGAGCUACCUUUCUGGCCUUGAAAUAGUAAUUUUCUCAAACUUAGAACAUUUCUUUUUUUGGCAAGUUGUUAAUUUAACUAACAUUAAUGGAAAACUAAUUUGAGUAAUGAUUAUUAGCUAUUAAAUGCUGAUAAUAGGAAUCAUAUUUAAAUAUUUAGUUUCUUAAAUUAGUUAAAGAGUUUGACAAAGCAAAAUUUAAGUUAAUAUUUUAGCCGUCAUUCCCAGUUAUCUUCCUGUUUAAGAACAAGAUGGUAAUGUCAGUUGCCUUUGUUGAUUUAAAGAAAGAAAAAAAAAAUCACAAACAGCUGACUUGAUUGAUACAUUUGGAUGCAUUACUUAUCUUUCAAUACGUUUACUUUCUUGUUACUUCAAAUGGAAAUAGUAUUGCUGGACAUUUGUUGGCAGGUAUUUACUCUUAUUCUUCCUCCCUUAAUUUCUAAUUCUGACUAUGAAAACUGUCAUAAAAUUUGUGACCAGCUAUUCCCACUCAUUUCUUAUUCUGUAACAAGAAUAUAGAAUAAAAAGUUCAUCCCUGAACACUGUAUUUCUAAUUUGUAAGAUAGCUUGAUUGAUUCAGUAACAGCACCAAGUAUAACAAUAAAAACAAACGCUGCGUAUUAUAUGCGCAGUAUAAUGAGUAUAUUUUCCAGUGCUGUACUUAAAAUAAUAUUUAAAAAUUUUUUUAAUGUUUAUUUUUGAGAGACAGAACGUGAACAGGAGAGGGGCAGAGAGAGAGGGAGACACAGAUUCCAAAGCAGGCCUCCAGGCUCUGAGCUUCAGCACAGAGCCUGAUGUGGGGCUCAAACUCACAAGCUGUGAGUUCAUGACCUGAGCCGAAGUCAGAUGCUUAACCAACUGAGCCACCCAGGCAGUCCUUAAAAUAAUAUUUAAAAUAUUGUAGUCAUGGGGCGCCUGGGUGUCUCAGUCAGUUAAAUGUCCAACUUCAGGUUAUGAUGUUGCAGUCUGUGAGUUCGAGCCCUGUGUGGGACUCUGUGUAGACAGCUCAGAGCCUGGAGCCUGAUUCGGAUUCUGUGUCUCCCUCUCUCUCCCUCCUCUCCCCUCCCUCUCUCUGUCCCUCCUUCCCUUUCUCUUUCUCUCUCAAAAAUAAAUAAAUAUUAAAAUAUAUAUAAAUUACACUCGUAUUGUCCUCUGGGUCAGAGCAUUGACCUAACAGCAUCUGCUAAAAUCAAACUUCAGUAAAAAUUAAGUAACACAAACGAAAUGUAGUAUAUACCACAGUAUUUUCUCUAAUAGACUGUAAUUAAUUGUAAAACACAAUUACUGUGUACCAAUAGUUGUAUGAAAGGGCAGCCCCAGACUGCCAGUAUUUUUCGUAGCAAAGCUUGUUAUAUUUUAUUUCUUUGAUAAACAGAAUUACUGUUACCUAAACUGCAGAGUUUUCAAAUGAUAGAUGCCAGGAGUCUAGAUGAGGAUCCAGCCCCAAGUACACUUGAACUAGUAUUGAUUUUUACUUAUCCUUUACAAUAUUCUGUAUUUUCAUUCAGAUUUAAACCAGAUUUUUUUUUUUUUUAAUGUUCUGAACCUGGCCAAGACUUUUGUCACUACAAAUUUAUACCAAGUCUGAGAGUAGUUAUCAAAAUAUUUUCUAGGAUAAGAAAGAGUUGUCAGUGGGACUCCUGGAAUACACUGAAUUGCCAGAAUUACUUGCUUCUAGAAUUAACUGUGUUGUAUUUAUCAACCAAACCUGCAGCAUGGAGCCUGGAUCAGAAUUAGACCUUCCAGAAGUCAGGAGGAGAGUUGGCAUUCAUUUACUUUUCUGCUUUGAUUUUAAAAGAGCAAGAGAAAAGAAAAAACUUCAUUAGCCCUUUGUAUAAAAUUAGUUAAACUAGGUGAAUGAGGACCUAACUCACCUCUCAAUUGCCCUGAAGUACACUCAUCAGUUCCUUUGUAUAUAAUUGUAUCUUAGGCUCAACAGCAAGAGAAGUGAAGGUUGAUAUUUUUCCUUUAGGCAAAUUCUGAAGCUUACAAAAAGGUUUAGAAGAGGCCUAUCUUUCCCUGUAGCCAUCCAGAUUCCUUUUCCUCUACUUAGAUAAGAAAUCAGUAAAGGGUACAACCAACUCACUUUUCAGUUUCUUCUUUUGAAGGCUCCUCUGCCUGUCCUUUAGGCAUUGGUUGGUGUUCAAGGUUUUGUUUUAAGGUCUCUUCUCACUCUACCAGUUCCCUGAAAAACAUUUUUAUUCCCAUGGCUUCCUUUACUAUCUACAUUAAGUAUUCUCACUGUAGGGGUAGAAGGGAGACAAUUUUUUGGUCAAUCAAAUGGACAUGUUUUUUUUUUAAGGUUGUGAAAACACUGAACUGUAUAUUUAUUAUUCUGAAAUACAUAUCUUGCCCUAAUCUCUCAGCUCAUAAAUUAUAUAUGCAGCUGCCUACUGGGAACAUCCGUUGGGACAUCUUUUAAGCAUAUUAAAUUCAGUAUAUCCAGAAUUGACCUCAUUCUCUACUUCCACUCCCCUCCCUUCUCCCUACUCAUCCUCAACUCCUCUCCAGGGACACAAGUUAUUCUACUUGGGUCCUGGGUUUCCAUUCUCACUGAAUACCCCUAAUAUCAACAAUUCUCAAGCCACAGAACUCUGAAUCAUCUCCAGAUCACUCCUUAAAUCCUGUUGGUGCAACCCCCUCAAUUUCAUUUUUCUCUUGCUCUCCACCUCUCCUGCCAUUAUCUUAGUCUAUAUUAUUCAACAGCCUCCUGACUGGUCUCUUGCAUUGGUACCGUAGGUCUAUAUGCUAUCCUCCACACACCCUGCCCCAGAAUAGUCUAUAAAGCACAAAUUUUAUACCUUAAAGGCCUCUUAGUCCAAAUGGUAUGAUUUACAAUCUGUUGACCACACCUCCAGGUAGAAUGAACUUGUUUGAGUUUCUGGGAAAACUGUAAAUGCUAAAAACGUUUUUUGCAAAUGCAUGGUUUGCCUGAACAUUCUUCCCCAAAUUCACCCAUUUCUCAUUUCUUAACCUUCAGGUCUCAGCUGAAACAGUUUAAACACCUCUUAAAACUGUUAAAGGUAUCUGUUAUGCACUCAUCUUAACCCUCUUCUCCUAACACUACUAAAGCAUCAGUGUUUUCUGAUUGCUAAGUCUUCCCAGCUAUAUUGAUAACUUAAUGAGGCCAGAGACUGUGUUCUCUGUUGCCUCUCCAGUACCGAACAUAAAGCCUGGCAAGCAGUAGGCAUUAAUUCUUAUGAAUAAAUGCAAGGAUGUGGCACCUUUGGGCAUACAUUGUAUGAGGGAGUAAUUGAAUAAUCCAAAGCUAUUUGUGGUAGCAGCUAAACAUAAUUUUAGAAGAAAAAUAUCCAGUUUUCUUCUCACUUUUUGUUUUAGGAAAUUGCUUUAUAUAUGUUCAUGCUACAAUAGAAUAAAACCUUAGCUAAAAUGUGUUUGAUUCCUAAAGGUUGUAACAUUUGUUUUUCUAUUGUAUGGUUUCUACAUUUUCACACAAGAUCCAUGGAAGAGAAGACCAUCUAUGGGGCGCCUGUGGGGCCAUCUAUGGGGAGCUCUAUCGGUUCUCUUGAUUUUGCCUCAGGUCAUGAUCUCACAGUUCAUGGGUCAGGCCCCCUGGCCGGCUCUGUGCUGACAACAUGGAACCCGCUUGGCAUUGUCUCCCCAUCUCUCUGCCACUCCUCCCUUUCAUGCACGCUCUCUCUGUCUCUCAAAUAAAUUUAAUGUUUAAAAGGGAGAGGACCAUCUAUAAAGUGCAUAGUGAAGGUAUUUUCGUGUAAUGUGUAAAAACAUACAUUUUCUUGGAAUUUAGGGGGUCUCUUUGGGGUUUUGUGUUUCUCUUCAGCUUUUAUCUUAAAAUAAUUGAGAAUCAUGUGAGGUACAGUAUUUUUCUCUUAUAAGUUUCUUUUUUAAAUUACAAAAGAAGUUCAUACUUAUUUUUAAAAAUAUCCAUAUCCAUAAUGUCAUCCACAUAGAAGAACCAAUGUGUCUGUCCUUCCAUAUUCUGUGUGCAUGUAUAUUUUUAAUGCACAUAUUUAAACCGUAUAUACUGAUAUUUGGCAUCUUGUUUUCUACUUUCCAUACACUGAAAAAGCUUGAAGGUAACUGAAAAACUUUUUUUGCCUGUUUAAGCUAUAUGUUCUGAGCAGUUAAUUUCUGUAGAGAAAUUGGAAGUAGUCAAAGAAUUUUGAGAAUUACUUUUGAAGCAUUCUUAGUAUAGGAUUCUGUUUUCUUUGACUAUUGCUAAUUAUUACCUAAUUUUUAAAACAUUUAACAUUUUAAAAAUGCUAACAUUUAAAAAAUGCUAGCAAGAGGGCUUAUAAGAAAAAACAAUUUCUCUAUUUUGAAAAGGAAUAGGUGUGUUUAAAUGAUUUUAAGUAGGGGCGCCUGGGUGGCUCAGUCGGUUAAGCGUCCGACUUUGGCUCAGGUCAUGAUCUCACAGUUCGUGAGUUCGAGCCCCGCGUUGGGCUCUGUGCUGACAGCUCAGAGCCUGGAGCCUGUUUCAGAUUCUGUGUCUCCCUCUCUCUCUCUGCCCCUCCCCUGUUCAUGCUCUGUCUCUGUCUCAAAAAUAAAUAAACAUUUAAAAAAGUAAAUAAAUGAUUUUAAGUAAUUAGGAACAAAAUUUCAACUUCCGUUGUAGUGUAUUUCUUCUAGCCAUCAAACAUAAUUUUCUAAAUGAGGUCACCCUUUAUUUCUGAAACUGAUAAUGUUAAUACUAUGACUAUUGAGUCAGUAUAGAGGUAAGAUAUAAUUUUUAAGAUUCAGCCCUUUUCCGAAUAAAUCAAUUCCUAAUAAACUGACUCUCAAAAUAUUUUCUAGACUCUAAUGAAGUGCUUCUAACUGAAUAAUUUUCUCUAGUGACUAAUUUUUUUAAGAUUCUAUAUUCUUAAUUAAAAAGUAAUCAUUGCAUAGUGUUGUGGAGGAAAGUCACAUAAUGCUAGAAAUAGAGAAAAAUGGUAAAUAACAGGUGAAUAAUAGGAAGAGAGGUAGGUAAAGCUAAUAAUUAUACACAUACUCGUAUGUAUUAAAAAUGUGAAAUUCUCCUAUGCCUGGGAUUGACCUAUUAUCCAAUGCUAUAAUCAACCAUAAAGAUUAUUAUAUCUUUAUAUGGAAUAAAAGGAGGUGGAUUUUCUUAUAAAUGGGUGUACUAAUGAUUUUUGCUGAAUUCUAUAGCAUAUAAGUGUUUUUAUACUACUAACUAGGUAAAAUUCCUUGGUCUUUGUUAAUUCUAAGAUCACACUUUACAUUGGCUUGCUUUUGCAACCAUUUAAAUGUUUUUUUGUUUUUUUUUUUUUUUUUGAGAAAAAGCGCAUGCACACACAAGUGGGGGAGGGGCAGAGAGAAGGAGAGGGGGAGAGAGAAUGAAUGAAUGAAUGAAUGAAUGAAUGAAUGAAUGAAUUCCAUGCAGGCUCCACAGCACCCGAUGUGGGCUUGGACACACAAACCUUGAGAUCAUGACCUGAGUCAAAACCAGGAGUCAGACACUUAACCAACUGAGCCACCCAGGCACCCCUAAAUAUUUGUUUUAAAGAACAGCAACAAAACUUUAUUCUCCACAUUAUCUGUAAAAACUGUUGGUGAUUUGUCCAGGUAUAGUUUUGUUUGAACUUACUUAGACAAUUAACAGCUAAACAGAUCAACAAAAAUUUUUAGCACCCUUCUAAUUGAUGAUUUUAAAAUGAUUUAUUUGGUUAUUUAUAAACUUUAAAGAUAAAUUUAAUUACAAAUGACUAUGUAGCAGUUGAAACAAAAUAAACCUAACAUGUUAGGCUUUGAAGAACAUCUGAUAGUAUUGAUCCAGGGCCAUGAACAAUUGUUGCCUUAGUCUAAUAAUCAUUUCUGCUUUUCAGAAUUUAUGUAAUUAAUGUGUGUAAUGACUUCAUCCUACAAAUCUUCAAAAUAUGAAAUAGCAAAAGUUUGCUUUAAUUAAAAAGCUUUUGAUGAUAAUUAGAAACUAUAUUUGGUAAAAUUAUUCAUCUGAAGUAUUUUUCUAUAAAUUAUUUAAAUACUGACAUAAGUUGGGAAUUAAAUAAUGAAAGCCAUAGCAGUUAGGAUAACUGAUGUGUGUUUGCUGUAGUUUUCAAAAGAGUAACCAGUGUUUUAGAAUAGCAGUAUUACACUGUUUAUCUUAAAGUUUUCUUGGGCAAAUGAUAUACUUUUGUAAUUUGAGCUAAAUGAAAAUAACAUGACUUUCUUUUUCUGUUAUCGUUUUUAGGUAGUGGGACCUAAUAAUUCUUUGAAAAUAUAAAUUGCUUUGGGAGGAGUCAGUUACAAGUUUUGUGUUUAAAUGACAUAAAACUUAGUGCUUUUUCUUUUAAUUCAGCUGUCGACCAGUGUGAUAUUUGAGGAACUGCAUUGUGUCCUUGAAAUCAAAUACUUCAAUUAAAAGAUAUUUAUAAAAUAUA